CCUUUAUAUCAUCGCCAAUCCCGGUUCUUGUUCAGAUGGCUUCCAACUCCCCAGCAAACUCGCUGCCACUGUCAUCGCCCACCAUGGCCUCCAAUAGCACCGGCGACCUCAUCAUCGUCUCCAAUCGUCUUCCAGUGACGAUCAACAAGGACGCCAAUGGCGAGUACCACUUCAAGAUGUCAUCGGGCGGUCUCGUUUCCGCCCUCUCAGGCUUCAAAAAGUCGCUCAACUUCACCUGGAUCGGCUGGCCUGGCUUCUUCAUCCCAGUCAAGGAUCGCGAAAUCGUAGACAGGCGUCUCAAGGAGGAGUAUUCAUGCCAGGCCGUCUACCUCGACGAUGAUGUCGCCGACCGCCAUUACAAUGGCUUCUCCAAUUCUAUCCUCUGGCCCCUCUUCCACUACCACCCGGGUGAAAUGAACUUUGACGAGGAGAACUGGCUGGCAUACCGACAGGCCAACCUCCAGUUCGCAGAGGCCGUUCGUCCCCAUGUCAAGCCAGGGACAAUGGUCUGGGUCCAGGACUACCAUUUGAUGCUCCUGCCGAUGCUCCUGCGCAAUUUGAUCGAUGGCGAGAGCGCUAGCUUCGCUUCAGAAGAGUUCUCAAAGAUCACACAGGGAAUCUCUGCAGAGGCCAACCUCGCGCCCACCAGGAUCCCCGACGUCAAGAUUGGCUUCUUCCUGCAUACACCCUUCCCGAGUAGCGAGAUUUACAGAAUCUUGCCCGUUCGCCGCGAAAUCUUGUUGGGCGUACUCUACUGCGACCUCAUUGGAUUCCACACAUACGACUAUGCUCGACAUUUCCUCUCGUCGUGUACCCGUAUCCUCAACCUGCCCACCAUGCCCAACGGUGUCGAGUUUGGCGGCAGACUCGCUCAUGUCGGAACAUUCCCUAUCGGCAUUGAACCUUCUUCGUUCAUCGACAACUUGAAAAAGCAAAGCGUUCAAGAUCGUAUCACCCAGUUGGAACAGCGAUUUAGGGGCGUCAAGGUUAUCGUCGGUGUUGAUCGGCUCGACUACAUCAAGGGUGUCCCACAGAAGCUUCACGCCCUCGAGCUCUUCCUUACACAGCAUCCGGAAUGGAUAGGAAAGGUCGUUUUGGUCCAACUGGCUGUUCCUUCGCGUCAAGAUGUCGAAGAAUAUCAGAACUUGCGAUCCACUGUGAACGAGCUCGUUGGCCGCAUCAACGGUCGCUUCGGCACGGUUGAGUUUAUGCCCAUCCACUUCAUGCACAAGAGCUUGACCUUCGAUGAGCUCUGCGCGCUUUAUGCCGUCAGUGACGUUUGCCUUGUCUCCAGUACCCGUGACGGCAUGAACCUGGUCUCAUACGAGUACAUCGCCUGCCAACAAGCUCGCCAGGGUGCGAUGAUCUUAUCCGAAUUCGCCGGUGCCGCUCAGAGUUUGAACGGAUCUAUCGUCGUGAACCCUUGGGACUCUCAACAAGUCGCCGAUGCAAUCCACGAGGCAGUCACGAUGGACGCAGCGACUCGCGCCGAGAACCACCGCAAGUUGUUCAAGUACGUUAACAAAUACAGUGCCUCCUUCUGGGGCAGCAGCUUCAUUCGGGAGAUGAGCAAGAUUACACCCUACAACCCUCCUGCCGAAGUCAAUGGAAAGUCUGAAGAGGCGUCGUGA